CAAAACAAAACGUUUCCAGCUGAUUAAAAAUGAUGGAUUUUAAUUUUAGGUUAUAAAACUCAUAAAAUUACUGUUUUGAAUGAAAUUUAUUGUCCACGUUUUCUUUUCUAGUCUAGUUUUAGUUUCCACCCAGUGAGAUAUAAACAGGAAUCUGUGAUUUGGGUACUUUGUAAAUUAUUUAGCAUUAAUAAUAAACUAGAUAAAAUGUCUAAAGUAAAUCAUACAUUGCCCCCAAAAUAUGGACUUAAGUUAAGUUUAGAUUAUGUUUAUCCAGAGAAGAGGACUCAGAACUAUACACCUAGUCUAAGAGUUAUUUGGAAUAUGUUACCUCUUAUAUUAAGGUAUUUAUUGUAUUAUAUAAAGUCAAAGUGGAAAGGCCAUAAGGUUGUUAUGGAUUACAUUUCCCCAAGAAAACCGGAACAAAUUUAUGGUGUUCCAAUUGGUGGUAUUGGUUGUGGCACUAUAGGACGAGGUUACAAAGGACAGUUUUGUAGAUUUCAGCUGAAACCAGGAAUUUACGAAUGGAACACAGUUGACGCCGAUGAUUUUCUUGUAGUUAUUAAAGAUGAAAACGGUUUUACGCUAUUUGAGAGCUGGAUCUCUACAUAUCAGAAAAGGAGUUUAUCUUCUUGUAUUAGUAAAAUUCCCGAAUACAAAAUUAAAUAUACUGGCUUAUACCCCAGAUCAUGGACAGAAUAUGAUCUGACUGAAUUGAAUGGUAUAUCUGUCGGAAUUAAACUUACAUGUAGACAGAUUAGUCCUGUUAUUCCACACAACUAUAAGGAUAGUGCCUUACCUUGUGCUGUAUUUGUAUGGACAGUGGAGAAUGUUUGCAGUAGUGAUAGAACUGUGACAAUUGCUUUCACUUUCAAAAAUGGAACAGGCAGUAAAGAUGAUAAAAAAUCUGCUUGUAGUUCCAAAUUAUUUUCAUAUGAGAAUACCGAAGGUGUGAUCCUUUACCACAUGAUAAAUAAAAUGCCUUGUGCUUAUGCCCUCGCAGCGAAAACCAACAAGGAUGUAUCGAUAUCGAAAUGUUUAUAUUUUGAUCCUAAAUCCAACGGAUUUGAUGAUUUAUGGUUUCCCCUGCAUGAAAACGGAGAAUUCGAUAAACCAAAGAAAUCCACUUAUGCCACAGGCAACGUUUACAACGAGAUGGGAUGUGGAAUCGCUGCAAAAAUACGAGUACCUGCUAAUCAAAUCAAAGAAAUUGAUAUGAGUCUAGUUUGGGACAUGCCUACAAUUAGCUUUCCUAACCAUGAAAAAACUUACGACAAGUUUUAUACUGAACAGUUUGGAAAAGAAAAUGCCAUUCUCAAAAUUGUUGAUCAUGCCCUUAAUAAUUAUACUAUUUGGGAAGAUAGUAUAUAUAAUUGGCAGAAAGAUGUUUUAGAGGACAGUAAACUACCUGAUUGGUAUAAAGGAGCUUUAUUCAAUGAAACAUAUUUUGUAAGCGAUGGUGGAAGUUUGUGGUUAUGUCUAAACGAUGAAGAAAAGAAACGAUUGGCAAGCAAUGAUAAUGAUCCAAGGAAUACGUAUGGUCAUUUCGCUUAUUUAGAAGGCCAGGAAUAUAUAAUGUACAAUUCGUAUGAUGUCCACUUCUACGCAUCGCACGCCUUACAUAAAAACUGGCCUAUGCUUCAGAAAUGUUUGCAGUACGAUUUAAGAGAUUUCAUCUCCUUGGAAAUUAAUGAACCCUUUAAAGUCCUAUAUAAUGGAAAGCUAGUGGAAAGGAAGUAUCCGAAUACUGUUCCUCAUGAUGCAGGAAGUCCCGGUGAAGAACCAUUAACCCUUAUCAAUGCUUACCCAAUCCAUGAUGUUAGUCAUUGGAGAGAUCUGAAUUCCAAAUUUAUUCUACAAACGUUUAGAGACGCAUACGGUUCUUCACCUGACAAGCCGGACUUGCAAUAUUUGGAAGAUAUGUACUCUACGUGUUAUACUAUUAUUCAAAAAUGUAUUAAGAACGAAAUAAAUGAAAAUGGUCUGAUUGAAAACGGUGGGAUACCGGACCAAACGUAUGACUCUUGGACGAUGUCAGGUGUCAGUGCCUAUUGUGGUGGAUUAUGGCUGUGUGCUCUCAAAGGAAUGUCUGUAAUGGCCACCCAACUUGGAAAGGAAAAGGACGCAAAAUUAUUCCAAAGUAUAUUAAGUAAAGCCCAACCAGCUUUCGAAAAAAAAUUGUGGAAUGGAAAAUAUUACAAUUUUGAUUGUUCCGAAAGUCAAUCGAAGUCGGUAAUGGCGGAUCAGCUUUGUGGUCAUUGGUAUUUAGGUUGUUCUGGAUUGAAAGCAUAUGAUGUUUACCCAAAGGAUAACGUUAAAACAGCUUUGAAAACUAUAUAUAAGAACAAUGUUCAACUCUUCUGUGAUGGAAAUAUGGGUGCUGUCAAUGGUACAAUAGACGGAAAAGUAGAUGGGUCUUCGGUGCAAAGUGUGGAAGUAUGGACAGGUGUUACGUAUGCUCUUGCUGCCACUAUGAUAUUAGAGGGAAUGGUGGAGGAAGGAUUCAAGACAGCUGGAGGAAUGUACAAUUCUAUGACUAAAAAGUUCGGGAUGGCUUUCGACACCCCUGAAGCUCUAUACGGUGAAAAAUAUGUUAGAGCCGUAGCUUAUAUGAGACCUUUAAGUAUUUGGUCAAUGCAAACUGCAUGGGAGAUAUUAUCUAAUAAUCGUUGAAUUAUAUAUUAUUGAUUUUAUGUUAAAAUUUAUAUACAUAACAAGUAUUAUGUGCACAUAAUAAGUAUUUAAUCGUUAAAAUAAAAAAUUAUAAAUUC